AUGACACUUACAAAAUUAGAUUCGAAAGGUUAUUCGCCAAGAACUAUAAUAAUUGAUAAUUAUGACUCUUAUACCUUUAAUUUAUUACAACUUUUGAACAAUACUGAAAAUGUUAUCGUUAUUAGAAAUGAUCAAUUUUCUUGGACUGAAUUUGAACAAAACAUUCUACCACAUUUUGAUAAUAUUAUAAUAUCUCCAGGACCAGGAAGUCCCGAAAAUUCAUCGGAUUUUGGUAUUUGUUCAAAAAUUCUUAAAUUAAAUAACAUCCCAAUACUUGGUGUAUGUUUAGGACAUCAAGGAAUCGGUUAUGCAUUUGGUGGAAAGAUUAAAAAUGCUGAAAAGAUUAUGCACGGAAGAUCAAGCCUUAUAUAUCACGAUGGUGGAGAUGGCGACAUUUCCUUAUUUUCUGGAAUACCGAAUCCAUUUUGGGCAGUUAGAUAUCAUAGUUUAGUCGUUGAUAAUGAAAAUUUACCUUCAGAAUUAAUUGUAUCAGCUUGGUGUUUUGAUGAAAAUAAUUUACAAAAAGAUCAUUCGUUUAAUCAAUAUUCACCACCACCAUCACCAUCAUCUAGUCAUUCUUUAGAAAAAUCUAGUAAAAUCAUGGGAUUAAAACAUAUAAAAGAACCGAUUUAUGGUGUACAAUUUCAUCCAGAGGCAUGGUUUUCUAUUUGCACAGAAUAUGGUUAUAAAAUAAUAAAGAAUUUUAACGAAAUAACAAAAAAGUAUCAUGGAAAAAAGCAAGGAUUAACAUUUUCAAGACCAAAGCUUCCAUAUAAUAUUUCAGCACUUUCAGUAAUUCCUUCCAAUUUUUUUAUUUUCAAUCCAAUAACAAGGAUUAAUAAUAAUAAACCAAAAUAUUAUCUUGUAAUGAAACAAUUUCACGAGAAUAAAUGGUUAGAUCCAUACCUGGUGUUUAAAGAAAUUCAACAAGAUUCACAAAAUGGAUUUUCAUUUAUGGGUUCAACACCAAAUUUUUCAAAUACGUUUUCAGUGUCAUAUUCCACUUUAGAAAAAGAUUUGAAAAUACAUUGCACAAAUGGAAAAAUUAUUUCAAAAAAAUUAGAAGAAAAUCAAACAUUUUGGGAUUGGAUGUCAAAUGCAACAAGACUAAUUAAUCAAAAUAUUGGCAUCACAAAAAUAUUAAAAAAUAAUGGAUUACUUUAUGAUAUCUUAAAAUUAAAAAAAAAAGAGCAUCUAAUAAUACCAUUUGAUUUCCGCUUAGGAAUGGUUGGUUAUUUUGGCUAUGAAAUGAAAUGUGAAUCUAUGCCUGGUUAUGUAAAGGUUGUUCCUAAUGGUGUUGGCCCAAACAAUAAAUGUCCUGAUUCAGCAUUUAUAUUUUCAACAUAUGCAAUAGUAUUUGAUCACUUAAAAAAAAGAUUAUGGUCAAUUGGAUUAAUUAAAAAUGAUGAUGGCAAUUCAUUGAUAGAUUAUAAUGAGUUGGAAGAAGAUUAUGAAUUAUGCCUUACAACACAAUUUCAUACCAAGUUGCCAAAUAAACUAAAAAAUAUUGAUGAUAUUCUAGAGUUGUAUUACUACAUUAGAUCAAAUAAUCCUGCUCCUUAUUCAGCUUUUAUUUAUUUCAAUAACUUAAGUUUAUCAAUAUUAAGUUCGUCACCUGAAAAGUUCUUAGAAAUAGAUGAUAAGGGAGUUAUAGAGAUGAAGCCAAUAAAAGGUACAGUUGCAAAAGCAAAUAAAUGCUUUUGUGAAAAGAAGAAGACUAAUGAAACAAAGGAUCAAUAUUAUGAUAACAAAUGUGAUAACGAAGAGUGUUGUAAAAUUAAAAGAAAGGAGGAGGAUUUAAGAAGAAUUUAUAUGCUAAAAAGAAAUGUUAAAGAAAGAGCUGAAAAUUUGAUGAUUGUGGAUUUAAUACGUAAUGACCUUUCACAAAUAUGUAUUCCUAAUACAGUCAAAGUACCAUAUUUGAUGAAGGUAGAAUCAUAUAAAAGUGUUCACCAACUUGUGACAACUGUUAAAGGAAAUUUAAAUAGAAAUAUAGAUUAUGUUAAUGUCAUCAAAAAUUGCUUUCCUCCUGGAUCAAUGACUGGUGCUCCUAAAUUACGUAGUGUACAAUUACUUGAAAAAUUAGAAAAUUAUACCCCAAGGGGUGUUUAUUCUGGUUGUUUAGGUUAUAUUUCAUUAAAUGAGCCAAAUAAUCCUAAUAACUGUGGAGGUGGUGCUCAUUUUAGUGUUGUCAUUAGAACAGUUAUUAUUUAUGAUGAAAAAGAUAUAUCAGUUGGUGCUGGUGGUGCCAUCAUAGAUCUUUCAAACCCAGAAACGGAGUGGCAAGAAGUUUUAUUAAAAUCACAAUCCGUUAUCCCAAGGUAA